UAGUCCUGAUUGGAUAGGAGGACUGGGGCCCGAAGAGCCAGAACCCUACGGGGAUCGUAAGCAGGAGGAGUUGGCUCUGCAGCCUCUGAGCUUCUGCCUGGGCGGCGGGAGCACCUGGCUGGCCGAGACACCUUCCCCCCUACACAGCACACUGCCACCGCCACUACUACCACUGCCACCAACCGGGAGCUAGCCCACGCCUGGCGACAGCCGCACCUUCGGCUCCUUCCUGCCCAGGAUCCUGCCUCCGUUGACUGCUGGGCUUGCCAGCCUCAGGCUGACCUAGACAAUGUGUUCUUCCGUGAAACCCUAUGAGAACCAAAAGUAUUGGUCCCUGAAGAAGGAUUGUCUGAAGAGGAAGGUGCUCUUUGAGGACCCUACCUUCCCAGCCAAUGAUGAAUCCCUGUAUUACUCAGGUACCCAGCGUCAGGAUGUCCAGUGGAGACGGCCCAAGGACAUCUGUGAGAACCCUCGCCUCUUUGUGGAUGGCAUCAGUUCUCAUGAUUUGCACCAGGGCCAGGUGGGAAACUGCUGGUUUGUGGCCGCCUGCUCAGCUCUGGCUUCACGGGAGGGCUUGUGGCAGAAGGUUAUCCCUGACUGGAAGGAGCAGGAAUGGGAUGAUGACCCUUCAAACUAUACGGGCAUGUUCCAUUUCCAUUUUUGGCGCUUUGGAGAGUGGGUUGAUGUGGUCAUUGACGAUCGGCUACCUACCAUUUAUAACCAGCUCAUCUACUGCCACUCCAAUGUUAAGAAUGAGUUCUGGUGUGCUCUCAUUGAGAAGGCUUAUGCCAAGCUGAUAGGAUGUUAUGAGGCUUUAGAUGGGGGCAACACCGCGGAUGCCCUGGUGGAUUUCACGGGGGGCAUCACAGAACCCAUCGACCUGACAAUUGAGGAUUAUGCCAAUGAUGAGACUUUGCGGAGCCAGCUAUUUGAGCGGGUGCUGAAGGUGCACUCUCGUGGGGGACUCAUCAGUGCAUCGAUUAAGGCGAUGACAGAAUCUGACAUGGAGGCUCGCCUGGAUUGUGGACUGGUCAAGGGUCACGCGUAUGCCAUCACGGAUGUGAGAAAGAUCCGUCUGGGCCAUGGCCUGAUGGCCUACUUCAAGUCGGAGAAGCUAGAUAUGAUCCGGUUGCGAAAUCCCUGGGGAGAGAAGGAGUGGAAUGGUCCCUGGAGUGACACUUCUGAGGAAUGGCAGAAAGUAAGCAAAAGCGAGAGGGAGAAGCUGGGUGUGACCGUGAAGGACGAUGGGGAAUUCUGGAUGACAUUUGAAGACCUCUGCCGAUAUUUCACGGACCUCAUCAAGUGUCUCAUCAUCAACACGUCCUACCUGAGCAUCCACAAGACUUGGGAGGAAGCAAAGAUCAAAGGGGAGUGGAAGUAUCAUGAGAAUCCUCUGAAGAACCGCACUGGGGGCUGUAUCAACCACAAGGAGACCUUCUUCCAGAACCCCCAGUAUGUGUUCAAUGUGAAGAAACCAGGGGACGAGGUGCUUAUCUGUUUGCAGCAGAAAACAAGGCGGACCACCCGCAGACAGGGCAAAGCUGAGAACCUGGCCAUCGGCUUUGACAUCUACAAGGUGGAGUCGAACCGAAAGUACCGCAUGCAUACUAUGCAGGAGAAGGCAGCUGGUUCCAUCUAUAUCAAUUCACGCAGUGUCUUCCUGCGGACGGAACAGAAAGAGGGCCGGUACGUCAUCAUCCCCACCACCUUUGAGCCAGGCCAGACAUGCGAAUUCCUCCUCAGGAUCUUCACAGACGUGCGUGCCUCUUGCCAGGAAUUGCACCUGGAUCAGCCCCGCCAUUGGUGGUGGAAUAGAAUAUUUGGUUAUCCUCAGGUUGUGUCCCAGGUCCACAUCAUCAAAGCAGAGGGGCUGAGGGAUUCCCCUUCAGAAGGGACUAACUCCUACGUGAUCAUCAAAUGUGAAGGAGAGACAGUCCGAUCGGAUGUGCACAAGCAUAGCGGCACCCCAGAGUAUGAUGUGAAAGGCAUCUUCUAUCGUAAGAAGCCAGAGCAGCCCAUUGUAGUCCAGAUUUGGAACCAUAAAUUCUUGUUGGAUCAGUUCCUGGGGCAGGUGGCCCUGAAGGGGGAUCCAGAUGACCUCCAGACAUCACAUGCCCUGCAUCUACAAGAUCGGGGCAGUGGGAAUUCCAAUGACCUUCCUGGAACCAUCUCCCUCCAGGUCUACAGCAGCAGCAACCUCUCACAUAUCUAGGGCUUCCCCUCAGCCCUGGAGAAUCCAUGGUGUGUGGGGGGCACGGCUGGACCUGCUCCCACGUAGCUCCAGCUUUCUCUCGGAGCCCUUUACACACACAAUGAGAUUUCCUUAUUUCCCAAGGACAAAUUCACCACAUAGAAGAAUUAUGCAUGUCUCUCCUGGAAUACAGUGUCUAAUGGUGCCAGAGGCCUCCAGGACCUUCAGCACCUCUUAGUCAAUGGAGUGGUAGAAGACACAGAGCACUUCAGGACAGGGCAUAUCCAGAGUCACUUGUUUACAUGCCAGUGGCCCUGUGGAUUUUGCCCUUACCCCUAACCAAUUCUCUGCUAGCCAAUUUCCUCUCACUCCUUUCUUCCUCCCCACCCCCCUCCACUGCCCUUCACCUCCCACAACCUCACUUUUCCCACCCACCAUAAUGACAGUUUGCCCUCCCUGGGGUCCCUUUUGUUCAGAGAAAGUAGAAACAUCUUUGUAUAAUGGAGAGAGCCCUGAACCAGGAGUCAGAAAGAUGUGGCUCCACCAUUCAUUGGCUGGGUGACCAGUGACACCAGGGAAUGACUCCAUCAGUGUAUCGGUGUGAAGGUAUCCGAUGGCUGAGUGGGACUUAGAGGAGAUCCUUUGGGUUUUGGCCAGGCCAGAAGCUCCUCCCUCAACCCUGCCCCCCUCCCAUCUCUUCAGACUCCUCGUUAGUGCAUGGGAGACUUGCCAGGAUUGUUCAUUCAUAACAGGUCCACUAAUUCAUCUUCACAUCAGAAUGUCUUCUUUUGUCAGUUUGGUUGGGUCUUCACCAAGAUUGCCAAAGCCAGAUUGUUUUCCAAGCUUCUUAUUAGGUCACUGGGCCCUGUCUUAGAAGUGAAAGGACUUCACGUGGGCACCUGGAUGCAGUCAGGCUCUCUACCAGUCGCCAAUGCUGUAGCUUUUCCCGCAAGUUGAACCAACUGCCAGACACUGAAGGAUCACGAGUCUCAUCCAGGUCAGACCAGCUGUUGUCACUGGUUCUCCUCCCAAAGGGGGUCAGUCCCCACCUAGCUAGACAUCUGCGCAUCAGUCAGGAUGAUAGUUGGCCCCCUUGGCCAACAGGAUGAGAUGUGUCAGAGAGUAGUGCCAAGGCAGCCCCAGCUGUUGAUGAGAGACAGGACUCUUAGCCAUGCCAAAGCUGGGGUCCAGGGGGACGGAGUGCACCAAAGGAUAACCCCUCCCCCUCCAGGCAGAAUGGGUUUUCUUCUGCAAAACAGGCCACAUCGGCCCAAGAAACCAAAGAAUCUUCCUUCUUAUCAUCUCAAUAUUGAGGCCCAAGUGUCUUAAUGGUUUUCCUCCCUGCUUCAUUGUGGUUUUUCUUAUUUCACAUUUUAGAGGCUAGGGCAUUUCAAGUCGAUUAGGAGAAACAGAGGACCAGAACCCACCCCUUUUUUUUUAAACUGUAGUUUCUUUGGGUCUUACGAAAAUGUGAUUCCAGGUGGAUGUAAUUAGGGAUAGGAUGAAUGGGAUUCUCUGUACUUUUUUUUUUUCCAUAACUGGGAUUUGCAAUUGGAUAAAGGCCAGGGCAUUCUAUAUAACUGAUUGGGGAUUUUACUGGUUUUUGUUUUGUAAAGCUACGCCUUAUUUGCUCCCUGAUACAUUCAUGAGACAUGGGCAGUUUAACAUCUCCAGUCCAAACAUCUGUUUUUCCUGGAAGUCCUUUGGAUUGUUAGAAACAUAUAAGUUUACCCAGACACCGUAGUGACUCAGUUGUGUCUAAACCCUUUCAUUCUCUAGAUCAGCAUCAAGAAGGAAGAUCCUAUGGUUUCAUGAGGGUUGAAAGCCAUCACCCUCAUAGUUAGAAAGCCAGAAUCUUCAGUGAAGCUUGCAAACCUAGGUCUAGUUAAGGGGUAAUUUUGCUGUAAAGGUAUAGCCCCUGCCUUUGUUUUCCUGGGGAUCAAGUGAGGAAAGAGGUGCCAUCUCCCUGUCACUCUUCCUCUAGGAUAUCUGAGAACUUUUCAUCUCUAGGACUUUUGCUACUGGGACCAAAGUUUACCAAGCUGAGACAGUCCACUUCUGGACUGCUCACUGCAGCUUCCCUUCCUUCCUUCCUGUCCCGCAUAUGGCUAUUAUGGGACACUCUUCUCUCUAGGUUGUCCAUGGUAUGAGGAGCUGAAGGAAGAGGAAAAGGUCAUGAAGAGAUAGAAUGAAAAAGGAAGGAAGGAGUAGGAUGAGGAAGG